AUUUACUGAAAGCACUCAAAGAUUACUGCAUGGAUGCUCUUAAGAAAAAAAAAAACUUGGAAAAAGCCAUCAACAGCUGAAUUCCAUAUGGGGUUCCUGUAAUCUUCAUAUGGGAUUCAUCUGUCAGCGCCCAUUUUGCAGACUGGAUUGCAGGCUUGUACUUGCUGACAUGGAUAAUGCCUGCAGGUAUCUUUCUAGAAGCAGCUGCUGCUAAAUUAUUUUAUCACCAUCAAUCGUCUAUCAUCCUGUUUUCUUACAGUGCACAGUACUUGAAACACAGCCUGACUGAUUUUUUUAACAACACUAAUGGUAAAACAGCUCUACAGUUCUAUCAGGAUAUCACAUUCCUUCAUGGAGGGAGGUGUCUUUAAUUACCCUCUGAACACAAUAAUGUCAACAGCAGCACACACCAUUCCUGGACCUUGCAACACAUUCAGGAUGACUAAUUCUGGAGUGUGUCCUAGAGUCCAUACUCCCAUGUGGAUCACAUUGUGUUACUGGCUGGACUGACACAGUUAUAACACUGCUGUGGCAAGAAGGGCGUGUUAGAGAACGAAGAAAUGACGAAAUGAUUGAAUCACAGAAAAACUUUGACCCGGUGCCAGGAUGGGAUUACAGCAGCCGUGUCGGCACUCCUUCAGGCAAAGCUUCCUUUUUUCCAUUUGAUGUAAUGUGCACGGUGAUUUUUCAAGCUCUUUCUAAACAAACCACAAGCAUGUAGUUUCUGAAGGAAUGGAACCAGAAUGAAUAGUGUUAACUUCUGUGUCUUUUUUCCAGAGUUUUAGCGAUCAAGGGGGAGUUCGCCCCUCUUGUCUUUAAGAGGAUGAUCGGUCCACACAAGAACAGGUUUGGUUAAACACACAACACAGUCCAAGAUAGAGUGGCGACGUGCUCCUGGAGACAAGUUUGCAAACUGAGUCAGCAGCUAUAUUUUUUAAUGACUCAACCGAUCCACCACAGAGCCCUUUCGUUUCUAAGAGCCCUGCCCUCAACCCUCCCUCACACAGGCACGCACUGCCUACGUUUACGUGAGGGUUUACCUCACCACUGCAUCACUUCCUCCCACUGUACUCGUCUGCAUAUGCCCAAUAGCAAAAAGAAAAUAUUUUUCCAAAGACGCAAUUAAACUUUCAGUGGUAUUGGAAAGUUUAUGUAAUUAUGUAUUCCAUGUUUUAUUUUAUCAGUUCAGUCUGGAUUUCCUGUGAUGUAUUUCACCUCCCUUUCAUGCUUGAAGCUCUAUGUUUUUCCUCCAAUAAUGAUCUGUGAUAUAGACUGAUGGACAUGCUGUGACGGGUGAUAUGGUGAAUUUUCUGCCGAGCUAAUAAUCCCAUGAUCCUCCGAGUCAUUUACUGUAUGAAUCAGUCAUGUUGCCAGGAAGAGACUCCCACGUCUGCCUUGAAUUUUCUCGGACUUUUACCUUUUUUUCAUUCGGUAAUAACUAGUGGGGGCUGUUAGAAUGUCCCACUGCCUUUUUUUUUCCUUCCUCACAUGACAGGCGAUCUGUGAACAAGGAAGGAAGGAGGAGGAAAGCAAGGAGUGGAACAGUGAACUGUACAUCACGGUGAAAUCGGGCUCUGUCGGUGACUCAACAGGAAAUGAUGGAGCGGGAGUAAGUAAGGCCUGCGGAAGGCUUCCCACUGGGCCUGCAGACCCUCUGCCCACAUUGAAGCAUGAAAGCUGCCCGGGCCUCCAGUGCUGCAUCCUGGUGUAGUUCCUGAGCUGCCUCCACAAUCAAAGGCAGCACAAACAUCCUUCUUCAGGCUGUCCUCCUCUUCCUCGCGGUGGCUGCUGGCUCUUUGAUAACUGAGCUGUCUCCUCACAGGAUGAGGUCAAAGGCCGUGGUGCGACGCCCACUCAGAGACAUUUGAGGAGCCUGAUUCCUUCCUGACGCCACCAACUUGUCAGACCCAACAGCAAAUCCAUUAAAUUAAAACAGAUUAAAUAAAGGUCACUGCAACUUCAGUCUGGAGGUGGAUGACGAUGCCCCUUAUUUCAGCUCUGGCACCCUACAAACAAAGCUUACUCAAUCAUUCCAGAGCACUUGAUUAAAUGGACAGGAAUUUUAACCUCUUACACAUGUAGCAUCUGUCUGCAAAGUCUUUUUAUAUGUUACAACCUCUGACAUUGAUUCACAGUAACGACAGCGAUUAAAAGGAAUGUGAAACUCAAACACAAGACAGGUCGACCGUGACUCUGAAAACAGACACAGGCUUGUCCGUCUGCAGUCAGUACUGGGCUCUAAUUACUAUUACAUAUUUGUACACAGCUGGUUCCUCUAUAAGAGAAUUCCCUGUGUCACCGUGUCAGCACAUCAACCUACACAAAUGUAUUUACCAUAGAACACGUAUGUUAACACCUACUUACUUCAUUUCCUAUUCCAGCUUUGGACAUUGUUAACUGAGUGGUGGGCAGACAUUUCUCUUCCAAGAUAUUGAGAUCUGGUCUAGCGAUCCAGCUAGACAAAAAAUUAAGUACUGUUUACAGCAGAAUGCGAAGGAACAACAGUGUUGAUGUUUCUUCAAAGACAUCUAUGUAGCUAAGCUAUGAAGCUAACAGGCCAACCAGGAAGCUGUAGCCUUUGCUGUCUUGUUGUACCACCUUGUACCUCACCUGGGAGAUUUAUGUGAGGAACUUUGUGUUCAUGAUGAUAAAUGACCUGUACCAGCAAACGAGACCCUCAGAGAAAAGACUGCUGUUUUUACAUAGUUAUUAAUGCCUGUGCUUGACACGAUCAAUCCUGCAGUCUCUCUGUCACUUCCAAAACAGAUGCAAGCACUGCCAGCGAAGAUCUUUACAACAGAUCAGACCGCUUUUGUCAAAAAGGGGCCCCUUGAAUCAACAAAAACUUAAUUUUACUCAUAGUCACUUUAACUCUUCAUAACACACACGUCAUUCAAAAUCAACAUAAACAAAAUAAAACUUGGUUUGUCUCUCCACAAUCACCACUCAGUUCACUGAGUAAGAAGUAAGUAUAUUCUGGCUAUACACACUGGUUUUCCUGCUUUUGAUUCAGCCAAUAGGGCCACAAGUUUCACAGCCCACAGCGCUAGUUAGCUAAAGGCAGCUAUCUACAUCCAAACAUAGCCACAAAGAGUUUUGUAGUGAGCAACAGUUAGCGGUUAUGCUGACCGCUGUAUUUUUGUGGUUACCUUUCUAUUCUUGCCAAAUCUUACAAAUGACACCUUUAGCCUUGAUGUUCCAUGUAUAUUUAUCUAGUUGAGCGCAUAAAGAAUCAUGAACAGAAGGCGUUCGGGAUGGGCCCAGCUUUGAUGGCCCAUCUUAAAUUUUGCAGCAGCAUGAGGGAGUUCCCUUAAAGCAAUCCAUCACAUCUUUGAAAGAAGCACAAGGAGGAGGAGGGGUACAGAUGUGGGAGGUGGGCUUCUGACUACACUGACAGCUGUGAGGGACGGAGGUCUCUCAGAGCAGGAAAUGACUUGACCUCCCCUGUGGGAGACUGGCCCACCCCGACAACAGCCCCCACAGCUUUGAGCAUCCCGGGUCACCACCAGCACCCACGGAGGGCAGUGAAGCAACAGCAGAUCAGCCACGGGCGAGAAAAUCUGCUGGUCCUGGCAGCAAAGACUUCGUGUUUUUGUCACCAAACACAACUCAGCACUAGACAAAAGGGAUUGUGAGUGCUGAGUUUCAAAAUCAAGAUGUGAGCUGCACCACUGCUACUCCUAAAUGUGUUUCGUACGUGACAACUGACAGCAAGUAGUCAUAUGUCACACUGGAAUCAUGUGCUGCCAAUUGCUGCAUUGCACAACAGGAAGUUGAUCAAACAGUUUAUUUGCUAAAAAGUAUGAGUAUUCCUUUAAGCAAACAAAUGACGUGAUAGCAACAAUAAAAGCCCAUUGCACGUGGCAUAUUUAUUUAGUGGGUUUAUAUACUGUAAGUAUAAGGCACUCCUUAAUUCAUAUAUGACCCUGUGAAUGUUAUUAGUUUUACAUCAGUGGAAUAGCUGAACAACAGGACAGAGCUGGAGGAGGACACAGGUCAUUGGCAUCGCUCUUACAUUUUUACGAGGUGGUUGUAUUGUUUAGUGCUAAACAAUAUUUAAUGAGGAUUUAUUUGGACUAUUACCACAAUAAAAUGAUUAUUUGGCAGUCUGGAGGAGGACUGUGGGCUCAGUGUGGUCUGGAUGGGUAAAAGCAAGAAUGGUCUGCACUCACUUCCCUGUUAUUUUCUCGUAAAUGGCCUCCUGUAUUGUCCUUCUGCCUCUCUCGGCGUGGGCGAAGACAAACACAGACAGUGAACUCCUAUGUGACAUGGAGGCUUCAAAACAAGUUUGCGUCCGCGAUGACUGGGCCGACAAUCUCGUCCUCGUUCUUCUCUAUCAGUCGUAUGUUGUACUUGUGCCAGAAGCCACCCACACACACUCUGACUCCCACACAGGUCAGACCAAAAUUGUUUACUGCCUUAUGAAGGGCAAUUUCCCAUAGACUCAUUACACAAGAUAGAUACAAAUGAUUCUAAUUCUGGAGGUCGCUGGGCUUUGUUGCAAUUGAGUGGCUUUGUGUCAGGAAACAUUGAUUUGCAAAAACUGGAAAUGUCGCUUUGUUAUUUAUGAACAUUCUCGUAAGUUAUCUUGAAAUACUAAAACCAAACACAUAAUAGAUUAAUGAAAGAGACUUCUGCUGUAAUUAGCCGGAUGUCUGUUGAUUUCCACAGGUUUUCUUCUCCACUCGCAUUGAGGACACAUUCGGUCGAUGCUGUCGACUGUACCUGAGCUGGAAAUUCUGUGAGAACUAUACUAAUUACUUUAUUUUGUAUAUUUUGGUUGUAUGUAUUUCUUUUUACGUUGUUGGCAUUCUGUUCCAUUGUACAGAGAAACAUGUUUCUCUGCUGUGCAUAUGACAUUAAACCUCUGAAUCCUGAAUCUACUAUGACCUAAUUCUGAACCAAAAAUCCACAAGAAUGACAAUUUAUUAGAUCCUUUAAGAAUAUAAUGCUCCAAUUACAAUCAAAAUACUGGAGGUGUGUAAAAGUACAGAAAUAGUAGCAGGAUAAUUACACAAAAGAACCAAAAGUAAAAUGACCAAUUAUCCUGAAUGAUCAUAUUAUUUGAUUAUUUUGACUUUGUAACAGUAAAAUAAAUAACAAAUAAAACUUAUGUGCUGUAUUUAUGUUUGUUCUGUAAUUAAAUCAAGACCAUUGCAUCAUGUUCUGUGUCUGUUGAAUUUAAAUCUGUAAAGUUGUCAGUUAAAUGUAAAGUUUUAAAAAUUACACAAUAAUCCCCUCUGAAAAUAAGUGGAAGAGAUUAUUUAAGUAAUGUACAACUAAACAAACACAAAUGUAGGUCCAGUUAAUUUCCACCACUGCUUGUUUAUGAGCCACAGGCUAGUUUCCUCUGAUGGUUUGUGUUUUUCGGGGUAUUUUUUCCCUUUAAGAGCAGUUUGGGUGGAGUUACAGCGCGGUGCCCGGGGAGCUGCUUGCAUUUAUAAGGAGAUGUGGAAAAGCGCGUCACUCUGACAAAAUGAGUUUCGCCUCCCAGCUUUGUUGACAGAGGAGGGAUGUUGCACAUGGUUCAGUUUUCACUGGGAGACGAGCGGCUCGUACUCUGCUGAUAGAUUAUCUGUCUUUGGACCGGAACAGAUCGACCGAGCCCGGCUGUAGCCUGCGUGAUGGACAAGAAGUCUUGUGUUUUCAUGCUUGCACUAGAAUGAAGCAGUGAUGGGUUUGAUCGAGCUGACCUGUGUUGGAGCUUUGGACCGAUACCAAACAGAACUUAGCGAUUUUUGAGAUUACAGUUUCUGCAACAACAUGGCCGCAAGUCAGAACAACUACUGGGGACAGCAUGACCUGAACAGAAUGUGCUUUCGCCUGAGUGCUGACAUGGAUCACAACCUGACGGAGCUUCAACAACAGCAAAUUGCCAAGGAAUUUAACUGCAACAUCUCUGACUCCCAGCCUCCUUUCUAUUCUGAUACUUGCCGCCUAACUUCUGACAGCAUCCCUCUGCCCCAUGAGGGAGACCAGGUGGUCCCUUCUUCCCAUAGACGGUCAAUAUUUGGGGACCAUCAGAGAGAAUCCAAACCCCUGCCGCCUCUGCCUGACCCUGAGGAGCUCAUGUCUGAUGAGGCUGCUGACAGUGAGGUGGAGUUUUUCACCAGUGACCGCCGACGCCUUUUGCCCAAAAGCUGCCCCAAAUCUAUUUGCAGGGGCACAAACAGAGACUCUGGCCAAGUAAAUUACGCCUACCAGGAGACUCAUUUGAGGUCUGGUGGUCCUGACACUAUCGCUUUCUCUUGGCCGAACAGAGAGGACAGACCGUCAGGUCGAGGAAGUGGGUUUGGAGCAAACAUCUGGGCACUACCUCUCCAGAGAGAAGACCACCAGCAUGUGGCUUCAGAUACUUUGUGUAGCAAAGACCAACACCCGGCAUCCAGAAGGUUUUCCUGUUCAGGUCACAGCAGCAUCACAGCCUGCCCCACUGACAAGCCACAGGUACCUCCUCGUAUCCCCAUCCCACCAAAACCUGCUGCUCUCUCAAAGAACGAGGAGGACAAGCCUCCCAAAAUUCCCCCGAGGGUCCCUUUAGUCCCUCCCUGCCCACCACGUACCCCAAGCCCCAAAAGCCUUCCGAUUUAUAUCAACGGAGUGAUGCCUGCCACUCAGAGUUUUGCUGCUAACCCAAAAUAUGUGAGUAAGGCAUUACAGAGACAGCAGAGUGAAAGGGCGCCACCUGCAGCUCAGUGUUCUCCCUGCAUCGUUCCCAUUUUGAAGGACGGCAGACAGGCCAGCACUACCCACUAUAUCCUCCUGCCGCCGGGCCGACCAGCGUACUCGGAGAGACGAGAAAGACUCCUGAGUGAACCGGCCAGGAUUGGAAACAGCAGCAUUUGGCAGAACAGAUAGAAACACUGGCUGAUGUGGGAACCUUGAUGAGUUCAAAACUGUGACUGACUUCAUGAAUAACCAUGUGACCUGUUAUACAGAGUGGAAAGAUUCACAUGUCUAAUGUCACUUUGGGGUUAUUUCAAAUGACUGAUGUGUUUUAAGAUCACUCGUGUCACACAAUACUCACAAUACUGUGAGUGUGUACUGAACAUUUUACCGGUCAGUAUUUUAUUGACGUCUUCUCAAUAUCAACCUGGAAAACAUAACAUUCCAGUUUCACUAAUAAUGGAGAGAUAUUUACCUCUUAUAAAUAUUUUCAACUUUGGUUUACUGAGAUAUGCAGUUUUUCUCACAGGGACAAUGUCCCAUCACUCAUUAAUGUGUAAAGUCUGAAAGCCUCAUGCUCACAUCACUAAAGCAACCUGAGCUAAUACUAUAUUUCUUACAACAGAGCAAACAAUUACUGUAUGUACAAGCUGGGCUUGUGCCAGACUCUUCAUCCCUUGUGUGUUAUUUUUCAUGACAAUGCUGCUUGAAAUCCAAGUUAUAAUGUAUUGAUAUAUGUAAUGUUUUGCCAAAUCAUUCUCACAUUAGGAUUUAUGACAAAUGGAACACUGUGCCUGAUAUUUAAACGACACAACACGACCCAAACAUGCUUUGAACUUCAGUGAUAUCGAACGAUUCACCUUAUAUCACUCUUGAGUAACUUUUUCUGUUUCAGUGUUCAUGCCUUUUUCCGGCCUCCUUGUGCAAGCAGCCUUCACUGUUAGAAGGCUGCUGGUUUAUUUCAAAGUUACCCCCAUUUACAUCCUACCUGCAAGAUAUUCACAUUUUUUGUUUUAAGCAUUGGCUUAUAGUCUCCGCCUGUGUGCACAAAGUUAAAUUUAUUUAAAACAAUUCUCUGGCAAUUAUUUUCAUUGUUGAUUAAUUAAUCAGUAUUCAGGAUAGUGUCAUAUUCAAAAAAUGUUGACAUUUUGUUGAAUAACUCAAGUUUGUUGUUCAUUGCAGCUAAUUAUUAGCAAAUUAACAAAGACCAUUUCAACUCAUCCACACCAAGAGCUAAUGACCCAAUAAACCUAAUAAAUGGGUCUUUUAAUACAUUAGUCAAGAAGUCAUUCAUGUUUUCUGAUGCUGUUAAAGGUUUUACAUCAGUGGUGGUUUUAAAAACAGGAGUAACAAAGGCCUUAAUUUGAAUUAUGACCAGUUGACAAACUUUUAAUCACGAUGAUUCUUUUAAAACUGUUUGUGUAUUUUGUUUUAAUAAUGUAUAUUUGGUCAAAAAAGUACAGAUUGGGCCUUUAAUGCUUGUUUUUGUGUGUUAGCAUGGAAAACAUGUUACGUUUACACUGUCGAGGAGCAGACCCACGUUUACAACCUUUGUUACAUCAACAGGUUGGAAGUUCUCAUGAAGGUUGUGUGUUGGCCCAGACAAAGGCUGUUCAUAAUGUGUUCCGUGUCAAAAGUAAAUCAUUGUAAAAUGUUGUUUUUAAUCUAUUUAUAGAAAUAAAAUAACUUAUUCAUUCUA